AUGGCCGCCCGCAGCGCGAAGAAGGAACCGCUGGACGAAGUGCAGUUGAACCAGCUCCUGUGCGAGCGGGUGCAGAAGGAGCUGAAGUGCCAGCGGCUACACACGGAGGACGGCGUGAACCCGCUCCAACGAGUUCACACUAUCGCCAGGAAGCCUAUGUCAUGGCAUGAUAAUAUAGAAGAGCCAGCAGAUGAAAAGUUUCUGAAUCUUAUUCACCAUGCAGCACUGGAACCAACAAAGAAAUAUUCAGAGCCACAAACUGAAAGUCAAGAAAUUGGCUGGAACACAAAACCUUUGGUCCCUAUGGACCGUACCGAUUGCAGAUUCUACUUCCCACGCCGGAAAACUGAGGUCACUAAAUAA